CACGUGUGAGCGCUGCCUGCAUGCAUGCCGCAUUUGUUUAUAUUUUGUGAACGUAAACUAAAAAGGCGCUGAUAUGAAAAUUGCUAUUGAAGGCUGUGCACAUGGCGAACUGGAGCGCAUAUAUGAAACCAUUGAAGGCAUCGAAAGGGAGCAAAACAUUAAAGUCGACCUGCUCUUGUGCUGCGGGGAUUUUCAAUCUACACGAAAUGUUGCGGACUUACAGACAAUGGCUGUUCCAAGGAAGUACAUGGACAUGUGCACCUUCUACAAAUAUUAUAGCGGGGAGCUUGUAGCGCCCAUUCUGACAAUAUUUAUUGGUGGGAACCACGAAGCGUCCAACUAUUUGCAAGAGUUGCCCUAUGGAGGCUGGGUAGCGCCUAAUAUAUAUUACCUUGGAUAUGCAGGUGUUGUUAGGGUAAAUGGUAUUCGCAUUGCUGGCAUCAGCGGUAUAUACAAGGGCCACGAUUUUUUGCGCGGCCACCACGAAUUCCCGCCAUACACAGACAAAACCUGUCGGAGCGUCUACCAUGUGCGGCAAUUGGAGGUGUUUCGCCUGAAACAACUUUCCGGCAAGGUGGACAUCUUCAUGUCGCAUGAUUGGCCCCGGGGAAUACAGGAGUACGGCAACAAGGCUCAACUGCUACGCUUUAAGCCACAUUUUGCGGAAGACAUCGAAAGCGGGCAGCUGGGAAGUCGUCCUCUCGAAGAGCUCUUAAAGGCAUUGCAGCCUACUUAUUGGUUUGCUGCUCAUUUACAUUGCAAAUUCGCUGCGCUGGUUCCCCAUGCUAGAAAUCAUAUCAAGAGAAAUAAUCCCGGUGAUGCAAGUAGCAGCAGCAGCAGUAGCGAAAGUGAGGAUGAAAAUGACGACAACGGUGGCAGCAGCGCAGCGCGAGAGAAUGUACCAGCAACACCAGUGCCUGUAACCAAGUUCUUGGCUCUAGAUAAAUGUCUACCAAGGCGACGCUUCCUACAAGUACUGGACAUGCCAUCUAACGAGAGUAGUGAAGGCAAAUUGUCGCUAGAGUAUGAUGCCGAAUGGCUUUCGAUACUGCGUACAACAAAUCAUUUGAUUUCUGUAAAAGAUAAUAAUUACUAUUUGCCUGGCAAGAAGGCAGGCGCCAUCGAAGAGCGCUGCAAUUUCACGCCCACUGACGAAGAACUGGAAUACAUACGCGCUAAAUUCGAAAGCCUUUCGGUGCCCGAGAACUUUUGUCGCACUGUACCGUCAUUUGAUCCCGAUGAGGACUACAAUUAUAAACAGAAGCACAUUGAGCAGGCGAAUCCACUGCUGAAUCCACAGUCUAAUGAAUUCUGCUCCAUUUUGGGCAUCGAUGAUCCGCUUUGCUUAGCCAUGCUGGCUAGUGGAAAGGAUUUGCCACAAACUGCCAGCUUGCUGGACAGCUCUGCCGACAACAAAGCAGAUCAAGGGAAUCUCGAGCAGUCUAUAGAGGAUGUCCCCACAAUAGUCCAGCAUGUGGCAACGCCUCCGAAACGUAAACUAAAUAUGUCACUGCCAGCGCCAGUCGUAGCAGUCGAACCAGACAAAAAUGUCAUCGAGCUGCCCGAUGAAGUCGACGAAGAGCUGGCGAUGCCUAUUAUGGAGGAUUCAAAAGUUGAAGAGACUCCAGCCAUUCGCACUAGUCCCAAUAUCAAGAAACUUAAAAGACGAAAUCAAAGCAUAUACCAAGCUGAAGAAGAUGAUUAACGGACCUCGAUCUUGUUGGAUUAAGUUUUAAUUGUCUAGAUUCCUAACCAGUUGAAAGUCGAUAUUAAAAAAAGAGGCAAUUUAAUUUAAA